UCUAGCUUGACUUUUCUUUCCCGUGGAUUUGUUUGCCCUUUUGACUCCACUCGCUACGAUGCCGACCCUCGAGCCUGCGACUGAUCUUGACUCUAACGUCUGGUAUCAGCUCUCCGAGUUGGCUGUUGAUGAUAAUGAUGGGGACUUCAAGUCUAUGCUUCAACCUACCGCGCCAGGAGGUGAUUUGAGAGUCGGGGCCGCUAACAAGCAGUCAUACUGGCAGUUCCAAAAGAUAGGAAACAAGCCCGGCCGCUACCAACUCCGCUGCUCAGACACGACCGUCAAAAAACAACUGUCCGUAUGCUACCGCCCGGAGGUCAUCAACGAGAAACUCCGCACAAGACCAUGCUUGAUGCCCAUUGAAGACAGCGAAAUGCAACAAUGGGAUAUCUCGCUAUGGGAUUCUGAUACAUAUCGGUUGACGAAUGUCAAGAACGGCACGAAAUGGAACUUGGACUGUAUUCCUAAUGGACCGGUUAUCUUAAGCUCUGACCUUGAGGGGGAACAACCGCGGCAGCAUUGGUUGAUGAGUAGUGUUGGGCAGGUGAAUAAUGAGAUGUACUCUACGGUAUACACCGCGCCGCCUAAAUCAACAGGUGAAGGCACCGCUACAGCUGGCACAACAGGUUCCGACUCAACAGCUGCCACUGCUACCUCAGACUCAAGUAGCGACCCCAGCAACAACAGCAGCGAGAGUAAUGACAGUAGCAGUGGCAGCAGCGGUCUCUCAACCGGCGCAGUCGCUGGCAUAUCCGUCGGCGUCACCCUAGGCGUCGUCGCACUCGCACUCGCAGCAUUCUUCUUCUGGCGCCGCAACAAGCGCAAGUAUCAAGUCGCCGGUACUGGCUCACCAGACUCUCCCGGAAAGCCUGACAGUUCUCCAAUGGCUGUGUCGCCUAACCCCGCGUACAGCUCUGUUUACUCAGCUGAGAAGAACAAUGCUUUCCCCGCGGCUGAGAUGAUGCAUGAGCAGAGACCUGUUGAAUUGUCGACUGGUCAGCAUCAGAGACAUGAGCUCGCAUAG